UGGCAACAUUACAAAACGAUUUUCAAAAACUUGUUUUGGUUUGGUUAAUUUUAUGUCAGGAGAAAAAGCUAUAUAGUAAAACUUUACACUACACGAACGAUAACAACAAUCGUUUCGAAAUAUUUACGUAGUACAAAGGUAGUAACGAAUUUAAUGUUAUUAUUCAUCAAAGAAGACCAAUUGAUAAGUAGAUGAGUCGUUGCUGAAAGUUACAUAGCCUCGUAUUGAGACGCUUUUAUAAUUUAAUAUGGAUGGUCCUGGAAUGAGUUUGUUUCAAGGCGCUGCAAGUAUCCACCUAAACAAUAGUGCUCAAGACAGACUAGAAGAGCAGGAGGAGCUUGAAGAUCAAAAGCGACGGAAUGAGGAGCUUAAACAUAAGUUGGCCAAUGCCUUUGAUGACCUGUUGGAUGAUGAUGAGGCCAGUUCUGUCAACAGUAGCGGGAACUACACACUGGAUCCAGCUCAGAGUAACGGAAUUCCACAAACAAGAACUGGCUUACCACCAACAUAUGUGGAGUCUCUCAAUCAUUUGAAAGAGAACCAGCAUUGCUCAGACUCCCCUAAGUACUGUGAAACUCCAAAGAACCAUACAGCUCAUUUGAGACACCAAGAAGAUGCAUUGAAAACACAGUUCAGCCCUUAUGGUGCUGGUGAUGGGCAAAAUCAUUAUUUUCAGCAAGAUUAUCGAGGUCAUGUGAAUGGUAUAAAUAAUUGUGACAGACAAGAAUUUAUGAAUAAUGAACAACUGAAAGUCAUGUAUGAUAUUCGCGUAAAAGAGUGCACACAGCUGGCUGGUCAGAUGCAGAAGUUGGAUACAGAGAUUGACAGCCUCAGAGCGCGUCUCGCCGGCGCCAUUAACGACAGAGACAAGGCAGAACUAUCACUGCAGGAAGCUCAUCACUUGCUUGCAUCAAGCAAGCACAAGUUGCUUGAGCUGGAGCAGCAGAUAGCCAAUCUGACAGAGAAGCUGUUGGAAAGCGACCAGGAGAAGGAACAGCUGAAACUGGAGCUGCGGUCUGCAAACAUCAGUUUGCAGGAUGUACAGCAAAGACUACACACCCUACAGGUCGCUCACACACAUGAUACUGAUGCCAUAUUUCGAGAACAGCAAGAUAGGCAUCGAGAAGAAAUGGAAAGAUUACAAAAUGAUUUGUCCAAAGCUAAGAGUAGACUAGACGAAAAAGAAAAUGAGGUUAAAAUACUAGAGCGACGUUGUAUGGAGAAGGAUCGAGAGAAAAGCGACAUAUUAAUAGAAAAGGGGGCGACUAUAAACCGCCUCGCUAGCGAGUUGGAGGCGGCGCAGAGCAGGCUCGGUAACGGUGAGACCACGAGGUUGAAGGAAAAAGUGUCGCAGUUGACCACAGAGAGGAAUGCUGCCAGAGAACAGGUCAAAGAGUUGGGGUCAAAGCUGGAAUUAACUGCGCACGAAUUAGUCCUAUACAGGAAUAAACUGACUGCCAGUCAAAAAGAGUAUGAGAAUUGGCGAACAACACUACAUCAAAUACUUAUAGAGGCUUUACCUGAAAAUACCUAUAUAGGAGAACCUCCUUCACCAGGAAAGUUAGCAACACUAAAAGAAGUUCUAAGUCGCUACAAACUACAGAUGCAAAAGUUAUCAUCAUUACAAGAAGAAAUUAAUAAAAGGGAUAAAAAAAUAGAACUGCAUCGGAAACAAGAAUCAGAACUUCGUAGCAAACUCGAAGAACAGAAAGGGCUGGAAAUGCAGCUGAACUCUCGCAUGGCGGUGUUACAGAACAAGUUGGAACUGCUGGGCAGUAACUCCGACAGUGAACUGCUGGAGAGCUACAAACAACAGAAUGAAAGUCUGCAGGCAGAGCUUGAGGAGGUCAGGAGUGAACUUAAAAAUCUGGAUCUCAAAUACACGCAAUUAGAAUUAGAUUACGAGAAACUAAAGACAGAAAAAGGAAGCCGGGCUUCCAUAGUACAAGAGGCGAACGCAGACUUAUUGCGCGAACUAGAGCGAUAUAGCGGGCAGCUCAAAGACACACUCAAAGAGAAUGGGGAACUAAAGACACUGUAUUUACAGGCUUGCAGUUCUCGAGACUCAGUAUCAAGAGAACUGAAAGAUAUGCAAUCAAAAAUACAAAAAGAAAAGGAACUUUAUAAAUCGCAAGAAAAAGAUUACGUCGAGCGAUUGGAGAAGCAGAAACAGCAGAUGGAGAAGCUGACGGCGGACUUGAGUAGUUCGAAGGAAGAGUUAGAGAGAGCAAACAAGAGAAUAUCGGAGUUGCAGAAAGAGUUUACUAACAAACAGAGGGAGUUCACGGAAAAACUAGAUAAAUACUUAGAAGAUGAAAAGUGUGCAAUGCGAAAAGACAGGGAGCCUUGUACGCAGUGCGAGAAGCAUGUUAAACAUAUCAAAUACUUGGAUGACCAACUCGGCAAGUGCACUAUUAAAAUAGCAUCACAAGAGAGCAACGACGCUCUGAUGCAAGAGCUGAAGGGCAAGGCGGAGUUCUUCCAGCAGUACAUCCUGGAGCGGUUCAACAAGCUGCAGGAGCAGCGCAGCGUGGCCACCAACACGGAGCCGGCCCCGGACCCCGCCGAGCCGCACUCCAGCAUCGAGCAGCUCGUGCAGACCUGCGACGACGCCAUGGCGGCCAAGACUGCAUUAAUGAUGAAGGAGAAAGUGAUACGUGAUCAAAUAGCAGAGAAGUUCACGUUAGAAAUGAAAACCGUGGAAAUGAAUUGCGCUCGACGAAUCAAAGAGAUUGAAAACGAACACAUAGAGACCGUUACCAAGCUAAAAGAGCUCUUAGAAAGGAAAGCCAAGGAGGUCGAUGCAUUGAAAGAGUUUAUAUUGGCCGAAAGAGCAAAAGUGACGCAAAUACUUGAGGCAAAGGAAAACGAGAUAUCGGAACUAAUAAAGGAACAUAACGCGUUGCAAGUUGAAUGUCAGAAAGCGAAGGAUAGUGUGGUAGACUGGAAACAGAAAGCUGAGAGGUACAAAGAACGGGCGUCGCGUCUGGGCUCCUUAGAGGAUGUGCUCAAACAUGAGAGAGAAGAUUGGAAACAAAGGAAUAGUUCCUCGACAAAAGAAUGUCUGGCUAUGAAGGCGAAGGCGUCCGAAUUGCAAUCCAAACUAGCUCAACUAGAGCAGAAGUAUGAAAAACUUCAGGCUGAACAAAAAGCUAUUUACGACAAGUACAAAAAUGCUAAGAAAACCAUAUAUACUUAUAAGGAUUAUGUUACGAAAAAAGACGCUCAUGUGAACAAUGAAAUGAACAGGAUUCAAGAUGAGUACAGGAAAAUAUUCUUAAAGCUACAGUCUCAGUUGAACUACCACAUAAACUGCAGGCUGCAGGAGGAGAGGAAAGGAAAGCAGGCGCAAGGAUACUCCCAGCAAACUGAUUAUACGGAUAGAAUAAACAAACUCAACGAUGAUUUUACACGACUGACGCAAUCCAACUUUAUGGACGGACCAGACAUGAAGUGACAAAUGCAGGCAGAUAUCAACUUUACAAUUGUUUGUGUAGAAAACAUUACAAGUUCCCAGUUUAUGUACUUAUAGUAGAAAUGAAAGCAAUGUUCAAGUAUUAUUAAAAACUAUGUAUUAUAAGGAUGCAAGGCAUAUUUCUCAGGGAGAACUGAUAUGUAACAUUAAGACUGCGUAAAAAGUAUGACAAUCGCUCAAGCCCCAAUGUAGAGAUAUCAUAGAUUAUUAUUUUCAAUAUAAAUUUUGAUAACCAGAUCAUUCCAUUAACCUUUUAGUGAAUUGUUCCUGUGAUAGUUAAGUACAUUGUAGUUUAAUGGAAAGUAACAGUAUUACUCAGUAAAGUGCAAAAGUUUUCACAUUCCUCGUGACAUGUCCAGUGUUGCUUACGACAGAGCGGGCAGUAGGCCUAGAUUAGAUGUUGUAAUGGCCUUAUACUAUGAAGACAGAAUUGUUAUAUUUUAAUGUUAAUUUCCAAGUUAUGUAUUAAAUAAUAAUAGAAUUUUGAAUUGUUUUGUAUGCCCUCAAAAGUAGGAUUAGUAAUGAAUAAUAAAUAUUUUUAUGUUAAAACCAUUAUGUCUGUUAUGUAAAAAGUUGUGUAAAUAAAAGUAUCAUUUCGUAA